AUGGCAACAACAUCAUUUUCUGGUUUUCAAUUUGCAAUUUCACGAUCAUGUAUUCCUUCAUCACAAAAGAUUGCAGAUGCAAGUGCUGUGGUUCUUGGCGGCAAGUCCAAGAUUGGAUCAUGGAAUAAACUUGCAAGUGCAUGUAAUGUUGCAUCCGUGCAACCUUUCCAGCGGAGCUUCACUGCAUCGUCCCUAAAAUCUGUCAAAAGUGUCACAAAGGCUACAUCUGAGUCUAGUGCAGAAAGUGCUGUCUCAGGAUUGCCAAUUAAUCUGAAAGGUAAAAGGGCUUUUAUUGCUGGUGUUGCUGAUGACAAUGGAUAUGGAUGGGCAAUAGCAAGAUCACUUGCCGCAGCAGGAGCUGAAAUUCUUGUUGGCACAUGGGUUCCUGCUCUGAAUAUUUUUGAGUCCAGCCUUCGGCGUGGAAAGUUUGACGGAUCACGCAUAUUACCAGAUGGUUCAAUGAUGGAGAUUGCCAAAGUUUAUCCAUUGGAUGCAGUUUUCGACAAUCCCGCUGAAGUGCCAGAAGAUAUAAAAACAAACAAGCGGUAUGCUGGAUCCACUAAAUGGACUGUGCAGGAAGUUGCUGAUUCUGUUAAGGAAGACUUUGGCAGCAUAGAUAUUCUUGUGCACUCACUUGCCAAUGGACCAGAGGUGACGAAACCAUUGUUGGAGACAUCUCGGAAUGGAUAUCUUGCUGCAAUAUCUGCAUCUAGUUACUCCUAUGUUUCUUUGCUCAAGCAUUUUCUUCCAAUCUUGAACCCAGGUGGAUCUUCAAUCUCUCUGACAUACAUUGCUUCAGAAAGGAUUAUUCCUGGAUAUGGUGGUGGUAUGAGUUCUGCCAAAGCUGCCCUGGAGAGUGAUACACGAGUUCUUGCUUUUGAAGCAGGAAGAAAGCGUAAAAUUAGAGUCAAUACUAUAUCUGCUGGUCCACUGAGGAGUCGGGCUGCCAAGGCUAUUGGAUUCAUUGAUAUGAUGAUCGAUUAUUCAUCAGCCAAUGCACCUCUACAGAAAGAACUAUCGGCAGAGGAGGUGGGCAACGCAGCUGCCUUCUUAGCAUCACCUUUAGCAUCUGCUAUCACUGGCACUGUUCUAUAUGUUGACAAUGGUCUCAAUGCUAUGGGUGUUGGAGUUGACAGUCCGAUAUUUAAAGAUCUUGACAUUCCCAAAGACCAGCAUUAA